AUGAAAAGUAACAGUUUAAGAAAUACCAAAAUUUAUAAAGUUAUUGCAAUUUUUCAGUUUAUUUUCUUGAUUAAAGCUUGCAAUAUAGGAUGUUAAAGCUGUAGUGUAAAUUCACAAACAGGCUAUAGUUCUUGUCUAUAAUGUGAAAAAGAUUAUUUAUUAGAUAAAAAAAAUAAUAUAUGUGUAUAUUAGAAUUGCCAUAAUUUAACUUACUUAGAAAUUAAUGCAAGUAAUUCUAACUUAUCUAGCUGUGUUCCAUUGUGUAAUGAAUCAAAUUAACCAAAUCUUUCUCAAAACAUAUGCUAAUAAGCUAUUUAAUGCUCAACUUAGUAUGUAUAGCCAUCAUAAGUAAAUAAAGGUAGAAGUAUUAAAUCUAUCUUUUUUUCCAACAUGACAGAUUAAAUAUUCUUGGUAUAUGAUCAAUUCAUCAAUGCAAUAAAUUAAGAAAAUGGCUCAUUUAUGAGGUCAUACACUUUUGAUAGUAGCAUUUUUUCUGUUUAUUAAUAUAAGCAAAACAUUUUUUUGUUUGGUGAUUAGAAAAAUUCUGUUUUUUUAUGGAAUCCUAUGGAAAACAUUUUAAAUAAAGUACUUGAAAUAAGCUAAGGAACUUUAAAAGUAAUCAGCUAAGUCAUGGAAGUAGCAAAUAACAAAAAUAUAUUGCUAAUCACAUCAAUAGACGAUGCAAACAAAAUCAUAUUUUUCACUCAAUUUAACACAAAUCAAUUAAGUUAUUUGCCUUAAGCUUUAUAUUAGAUAUCUGUUAGAGACGGCUCAUCUGUUUAUUUGUUUUAGCAACUUAUAAUAUAAUAAACAUCAAACUGGUAGAUUAAGGCUUUUCAAGUAAUUUAAUAAAAUAGUGAACUAUAAGUAAUUUAAAUUACCCCUACUUCUAUUUGCUCAACCGCAAGUGGUAUAGUAUAAUUUGCGUAUAUGAAUCCAACAGAUCAAUCAAUCAUCAUUUAAUUUUAAAACACAUCUGGAGUAUAUUAGAUAAGCAGUGAUGGAAUGUCAUGUAAGCAAAUAAUUUUUAAUUAAUUAGCAAGUUAGAUCAAAUAUUCAGAAUUGUAAAUAAACAAUAAUACAUAUUACUUGAUUUUUGCAGCUAUCAGUGGCUCUACCGUAUAAGUGUUUGAUUUAAUAUAGUAAUAGCUCAUUUUUAGUAUUUAAUCAAAUAAUUAAAUAAUUGAUUUUUAAACUUUAAUAACUUAAUAAACUUAAAAUCAAGCAAUAUUACAUACUUUUUUAUUAACAAAUAUUGGUUAAAUAGAGAAUUUUACAGUUUAAAUAACUCAGAAUUAAAAUUAAAAUAAUUUAAAUUCUAUUAUUUAACGUAAAGAUUCAAUUUAAUCACUCAUAUAAAAUCCAUCAAACCUUCUUCUCUCUAAUCAUUUUUUAGAUUCAAAUGGAAAUACUUUAUAACUUUAAUUAAUAUUUUUAGUUUACUAAAAUGCCUAAAUAAUUAAAGUAUCUGAUGGAUCAACAUUAGGACUUGCAUAAGAUUUUUAAGAUAAAUUAUUUUAUAAUUAAAAUGCUGUAAAUGCUGUGACAUAUUCAAUCUCAAAUUAGUUAAUUGUUAGCUGUGGUAGUGAUGGAAGAGUUUUUGUUUGGUAAGCUGUAGAUUUAGCAUAGCCAGUUUUUUUAUAUUUACUAUAAUAGCAAGGAUAGCAAUGUAUAGAUGUUCAAAUAUUUUAAUCAAGCACACUAAUAAUAUAAUUUUAAACCUUAUUUUAGAUAAUAAAUAUAUAUAAUUAUAUUGAUUCUUUUGUUUAUCCUAUUUAAUCAUCGAAAUAUACUAAAUUAUAAGUAGGGGAUGCAUAUUUUUUUAUUCUUACUGGAACCAUGAUAUAAAUAUUUAAGCAAAAAGAGUAAAUAUACUAUUAAGCUUAGAUUACUACAUCAUUAUCAGCUUAAUUCUAUUAGUUUUUCCUUACUUCAAAGUAUUAAUUAAUAAUUGUUGACAGUACAAAUACUAUUUUACCAUUUAGCUUUGUGGAUGGGACAUCUGUUAGCUUUGGUUAAAAUUAAUUCAUAACCCCUUUUAUUUCAGCUUAUAAAAUAGUAACUAUAUUUUAUUUACCACAAUAGAAUGGUAGCAUAGGUGACUUAAUUAUCCUGAACGACUCUAACAAAAAUGUAAUUGUGCUUGAUAUAUAAUUAUAAAUAAAAGCAAAUUAAACAUAUAAUUAUGGAUUAAUUUUAAAGGCACAUAUAAUUGAUAACUAUUUUUUAUUGUUAAUUAAAGUAUACAAUCCAUAAAGUGUUUACGCAUAUGGUACAGUCGUUUUUGAUUAUAUUGCAUAAUAGUUUGUAUAUUUAGGUUCUAAUUUAUUGAUUUAAGAAAUGCCUUUGAUUUAUAAAAAUAUUAGAUAAGAUGGAUCUAUCUAAUACUCUUAUGUUUUGACAAAUCCUAUUGGCUAUACUUCUUAUACCCUAAGAGUUUAUUGGUAUCCUUAAACAAAUAUAGUAAAUUUUGAUAACUUUAAUUACUCUCCUGGAUAAAAUCUAGUUUGCUCCUAUGGAAAUACAUAAAAAAAUUUAAUAAUUGCAGGAUCUUAAACUGGGUAAGUAAGACUAAUAGUUUUUGAUAAUAAUAUCACUCCUUAAUCAAUAUACACUCCAUCUUCUGCAAGCGAUAAUAUCUAAUCCAUGUAAAUUAGCUUUACGAUUGGAAUGUAUUUUAUAGUAACUAGCUAUCAGAUAAAAUGUUUCAGCAUUCACACUGAAAAACUUUUAGAAAUUCUUUCUUUUAAAACAUUAAAAAGUCCACUUUAAUAACCUGCAAUUUAAAAUCUAAUUGUUUCUAAUAAUCUAAAAAUACUUAUAUCUUACACUUAGACUGAAAUAAUUUUAAAAAAUUUUAAUAAUAAUUAGCUCUACUCAUCAGAAUUGUCACUUAGCUCACUUAUUUAAUUAAAAUUAGUAAAUGGUGCUUAUAUUGAUGAAGAUAAACAAUAAAUUUACAUAUAUGGAAGUGAUAUAGUUUUAACUGAUACGAAUAUGGGUUAAAUAUUAAAAUUAACUACUUUAAAUGCUAAUUAGUAGUAUAAUCAAUGUAUAUUUACAAGUACAGCAGCUUAUUGCUCUAUGAAUCAAAUAUAGCUACACAUAUUCGUUAGAUAGCCUAAUUUUUCUGUUAUGUCUGUAGUUAUAGUAUAACCAGCUUAGGCAGGAUUUUAGUUUAUAGUUGAUGUCAGCUUUUAACAGAUUAUUGUGUAUAAAUAACUGAUAGAUUUAUACAGUGUUUAGGGUGUUUUUAUUUAGACAAUAAGCACAGUUACAGCUAAUAUAAUAUAUCUUAAGUAAACUACAAGUAGCAUUGUAGUAUUUACUACAUCAAAUGGUUAUAUAUUUUCUAGAGGAAAUUUUGAACCUUAAGGAUCUAUCUAGCCAGCAGGAGGCUUUAUAAUAAGUGUUUACUAUAUUGAAAGUAUGAACUAAAUAGCAUUUUUUACAAAUCAAAUAUUAUUUGGGUAGAUUCUUUUUUAUAAUUUGAAUAACUAAUAAUCUGCAGGAUUUAUUAGCAAUACUUAUAAAGAGAAUGGAAUAGGUAGAACAGUUUAAGUAUCUUUUGAUAAUGAUAGCGUUAUGUUAAAUUAUUUAGAUAAUUAUGGUAAUUUCUAGAAUGUUAUUUUUAGUACAUCAAAAACUACUGACAAUUAAAUAGUGAUUCCUUAAAUACAAAAUGGGUUAGUUUCAUAACCACAGGGUUAUUUACUAGAUUUUGACUAAAAUUCAGUUUAUAUUUAUGGAAGUGAUUCGCUUUUCAAGAUUAACUAUAACAUAAUGACAAGACCCAUAUAAAGAAUAAUAAAAAGCUAAUAAAAAUUAUAAUUUAUCUUAUAGCAAAAUAUAAAUGGUUAAACUUUGAAUACUAUCUAUUUAGUUGAUUAUUGGAAUAAUUUAUUUUUAUAUUAUGAUUAUUAAGUAAUAUUUUAAACUAGAUAUGCAAACGAAGUCAUUGAUCUAUUUACAUAUUCUACUGGAAGUGAUCAGCUGACUCUUAUAUGCUUUUUAGAUUAUAUUUUAGUGUUUAAAAAUACAAAUAACUUUUAAUCUACUAACGCUUUCUUAAAUAUUACAAGCUAUAAGUAUAAAAAACUCCUAUUAAAUUCUUAAGGAAGAGUAGUAUUUAAUACUUGGUCUAACUAAAUUAUAGAUUUUGAUUGGCUAAAUAAUCAGCAACUUGCUUACCUAAAAUUAGAUGUUUCAGAUCUAGUUAUAUGUACGUUAUAGAUUAAUAAUCCAAAUUCAUAAAUGUGGUAUUUGUUUGUAGGUACCUAACUAGGAAAUAUUAUUUAAUAUGAUAUCAAUAACAAAAAUAUGAAUACUAUAAGUUUUGAAUCUAAUCCUGUUAUUUCUAUUGUUAUUUCAACUACUGAUUAACUUAAUAUAGCAAUAAUUACGAGCUCUGGAAAUAUUUUCGAAAUUAAUUGCUCAACUCUAUAAUUAAAUAAGAAUUAAAAUAUUUAGCAAAAUAAGUAAACUCAAACUUAAGACGGAGGAAACAAGCAUACUUAAGUUUCUUUCUUAUUUAUGGAUUUUUAGUCAAAUAGAUAUUUUAUAAAUUUAGAACAUGAAAAAUCAUUAGGUAUAUAUAGUUUGAUAGAUCAAUCCUUUGUUAAAUACAUUAGUUUCCCAGACAAUGAAUAUAAACAAAUUAUUCAAAACUAAAACUUCAUAAUAUUAGCAAGUGCAGCAUAAAUAAAUGUAUUCGAUAAUAAUUUGAAUUACAUAAAUAGAUUAAGGAGAUAUAACAGGAAAGAUAGAAUUUCAGAUAUUUAAUUAAUCGACACAAACAAAGUCAUUAUAGUGUUUACAACAAGAAUUGAAUGUGUUUUUAUAGAUACAACUUAAAUGGUUUUGAGUUCAGUUGAUUAAGUAUAGUUAACAGAUUCCAGAAUUAUAUUAACUUAAAUAAUAGAAAAUUAGAAUGCUAUUCACUUAAUAGGCAUAUCUUAAACUAGUAUAUUUGAAAAAAAAAUUAGCUUAGGUAUAUUUGUUUCAUAAAAUGUUGCAAAUUUACAAAGCUAAAAUAAAAAGUGCUUAUCUUCUCUCCAAUUUACAGAUAGCAGUUCUGUUUUUAAUUAAUUUGAUUAUAUUAUUAGUACAAGUGUAACAAAUAUUAGUUUUGUACUCUCUAUUUUGGUUGGUAGCUAGCUAAGAUCAAUGCAAUUUUUGCAAAGUUCUUCUGCAGUAAUAAUUAUACGACCAAUCGAUAUCAAUAAUAAUAUUCUCAAUAUAGAUUCAGGAACUUUUUAAUUACUGCCUUUUAAUGUCAAUAUGGAUAAUUUCAAAUUUUAGUUUAACUAAGAAAAUGCUAAAAUAAUGUUUCAUAAAUUGUCUCAAAAUGUUACAUUCUAAGAUAUAAAAAUUUAAAAUCAAAAUAUUCCAAGUGAAACUUCUCUAAUUUUUGAAAACAACAGUGCGAUACUUAUCUAAAAUUUGACUAUAUCAAAUGUAAAUUUUACAACUUAAUAAUUAGAAGUUAAUAAAUAAAACUAAAAUACAUCAUAUUACUUUUUAAAUAUUACAUAAUGUUAAUAUAUUUAUAUUAACUAAUUAAAUUUAGUUAAUGUAAAUUUAUUUGAUCCAUAACAGUUCAUACUAAGUAUAUAAAAUAGUAAUUAAGUUUUUAUUUAGAAUAUUAAUAUUGUAAAUAGUACAAUACUAGGUGGUCUUUUCAUAUUUUAGCAAAUUAAGAAUAUUACUUUUAGUUAAAUUACAUUAACAGGUUGUUUAUCUUAAUUUAGAUACAAUUAAAAUAACCAAAAUAGCAUCUCAACUGCUUCAACAUAACAAUAAAAUAACUACAUUUUCACUUUUAUUGGAAUUAAUAAUUUAUAGAUUUAUGACUAUUUAUCAUAAAAUAACACAGAUUUAUUUUAAAUAUUAACUGAUAGAUAAUAUUAAUAAGAUUAGGGAAUUCUCACAUUAAGCACAGAUGUGUUGAUUAUGAAAAAUAUAACUUUGAUCUAAAAUAAUUUCCCUAGAUAUUUUAAUAGUUUUUCAUAAUUAUAUAUUUUUUAAAUUCAGAGCUCAAUUAAUUUUAUUGAAAAAUUAAAAUUAUCUCAAAACCAAGGCAAUUUCUAUUUUUAUACAUCAAACUCUGUGUAAAUAUAAGAUAGUGUUUUUGAUUAAAACAUAGGAGUUCUAGGAGGAUCUAUUAGCUUUGAAUCUAUAUAACAAAAUAUAAUAAUUAUAAAUUCUAACUUCACUUCAAAUGAAGCCCUUUCAAGUGGUGGAGCUAUAAUUAUAAGCAAUUCCAAUCAAAUAAAAGUUGAUUAAUCUUAUUUUAUAAGUAAUAAGGCUUUAAUUGGAGGUGCUAUUAGAAUAGUAUCAUCAUAACUAAAAACAAAAGAGUAGUUGUUAUAAUCUGAAAUAUUUAAUUGCAUUUUUUCUCUCAAUCAGGCCUAAAUAUAUGGAAAUAAUAUAGGAAGGUAUCCCUCUUUUAUUGAAAUUUAUAUUCAAAGAUAAAACGAGUACAUAUUUUUAGAUAGGUAGCCAAUUUAAACAUUUACAAAUGCAAAUGUAGUUAAUAUAACAAACCUUUAAAGUGGAGGUUUAGUUCCAAUUAAUAUAAAAUUAUUAGAUGAUGAAAAGAAAGAAUUUAGUUUAUAAACAGAAUUAUAUAUGAAUAAUAAAUAUCCAUAGCCAAUUUAAAACGAAUUAUCAUAAUAUUUUUUAGAAAUUACAACAAUAAGCUCUGUUAAGCUUAUAAAUUAAGAGUAAAAUUCAAUUUCAUCAUCAUUAAAUCCAUCUGCUGAUAUAAAAGGUGAAGCUUUAGUAACAUCUAAAUAAUUUAAUCAAGAUACUAAUAGUUUUUCUUUUUCUACAGUAUAGAUAUCAUAUAUUCCUAAACAAACAACAAAUUCACUGGUAGUUAAACUAACAAUAUCUAAUUAAUUUGCUUCGAUGAUUAUCCCACUAAAUUUAUCUUUUCGUUAAUGCAUUAAAGGAGAAAUUUUAGUAAAAUCUUCUAAUAUAAUAACCACUUGUUAAGAGUGUUAAGAAGGAACAUAUUCACUAAUAAAUCCUAAUUAAAUUGACAAUAUUGCAGAUCUUGAAUGUAAAAAAUGUCCUUUAUCUGCUAAAAUUUGCUCAAAAGAUUAGAUUAUACUUGAGGCAGGUUAUUGGAGAAUCAAUAAUAGUAGUGAUAAUAUUAUUGAAUGUAAUACAAAUAAUCCAAAUAUAUGUGAUGAAACAGAUAUAGAAAGCAAAAAUGGAUGUAUUAAAGGUUAUAUUGGACCAUUAUGCGAAACUUGUGAUAUUGGUGGAUAUAUUUGGGGUGGAGAGAGGUAUACAAACUCAUUUGCUGAAUUUUAAUGCAACAAGUGCAGUUCUACAUCUUACCAAGCUCUAUUUAUUGGAUUAACUUUUGCUAUUUUAUCAUUUUAUUUAUUUUUAAGUAUAAUAUUAUUCAUGAAUAGCUAUAUUUACAAUUCAACAUGCUGCUAUUUAAGGUUAAUGUGCAUUCUCCCAAUGUCAAAGAGUUCAAUAAAAGAUGAAUCAACAUUCUAUAUAAAAGCGCUUGUUAAUUACCUACAGCUCUCUGCUUGUUUAUUUAAGUUUUAAAUUAGCUUUUUACCUUAGAUAGUAGCAAUUAUUCCAUCUAUAGCAGGAUAGCCUGUCAGUAAAAUUAUUGUAAGCAGUACUUGCAUCUAUGACCAAAGUUUAAUAGAUAAAUAUGGUGAGGAAAAAAUUCGUGUAGUAGUUUAAGCAGUAAUUCCUUUCUUUUUCUGUUUCAUUUUAUUUGUAUUACUUUUCAUUUUCUAAAAAUUAAAACUACUAAAUGUGGGAAGAUAUCAUAAGUAUUUAAUGGUAAACUUUUUAUUUUUGUUUUUCUAACCUGAUAGCAUCAGUUUCUACACACUAGCUCUGUCUUGUCGCUAAAUAGGUGAUUUGAAAUACAAUAGUAUCAAACUUACUCUUUUAUGCAAUGAUAGUACCUAUUCAUAAUUUAAGUUUUCAUUUAUACUUCCUAUGCUACUUCUCUGGAUACUCUCUCCUUUGAUAAUUUUAGUUAUUUUGCUUAAAUAUAAUUUAAAAAAAAAAUAAAUGCACUUUUGUACAACAAAAUAUAAAUAUGGAUAUUUUUAUAUUGAAUACAAAAAGUAGUACUGUUAUUGGGAAUUUAUAAGAAUUUAUUAUAGAAUAGUAAUAGUAAUAACAGUAACGCUAUUUGAAAAUCUGUAAGUUUUGAUGUAUUUGCUUUGUGUUAUAAUUAUUUUCAUUUAUAUUUUUUUUGCUUAGAGAAUGGAACCUUUUGAUAAUAAGCAUUUGCUAUAAUUAGAAAUACUCUCUUGCUUUAUUUUAAUAUUUAAUGUAUUAUUUUCUCAGCUUAACAAAUAAUACCCUAGCGAUUUAUUUUAGGUUUGUUUAGGAACUGCUCAUUAUGGAUUUAUUAUAUUCAUACUGGUAGUUAUUUUCAAAAUUAAAUUACAGAAUUCAAAAAGUAGAUCGAUUAAACUUAUCAAAAAAUGUAUAAAUAACAUAUUUCUAAAAAAAAUAUUUGGAAGAGUAGUUAAUAACUAAAAUUCAAGUUUGAUAACAUUAUUAAGAUGGCGUAAAGUUUUUAAAAAUCUUUUGAAUUUAAGAAAAUAAAAUGCCUUAUAGCUAAACUAGAAAAUAGAAAAUUAAGAAUCUAACAAGCUAAAUAACUCAAACUAAUCGAGAAAUAUUUCAAAACAAUAACCUCCUUAAGCUAGAUAAAUAGCUUUAUCAAAGUUUUCAUAAAAUGAAGAUUCAUAAAUUAAAUAAAACUAAGAAUAGGAAGAAUAUUUAAAAAAAGUUAGAUCUAAGAAUAGCACAACUUUUAAAAGUGCGUAUUAAACUGAGUACAAUAGUCCUGCUGCUUCAUUCUAUAAAACGGGAAUAGACACAUAAACUUAAAAAUUUUAAAUUGACUACACUAUUGGAACUUUAAAUGAUUAAAUUAUUUUUGAUAGCAAAGAUCCUUUUUCUGGGUAAGAUAAAGUAGAAAGAAAAAAAACCAUCAAUCAUCUAAGAUAGGAUGUAACUAUAAAUUAUUUAUUAAAUUAUUAUAAAAUAUUGUAUCAUAUUGUUUAAAAUAGAAUGAAGAUGGCUAUUUUGAGAAUAAUAAUUUAGAAAAAACGAAGUUAGGUGUAAAAUAAAAUGAAAAUAUAACUUUAAACUAGGUUUAUAAAUCAGUAAAUGAAUCAUAAGAAUCUUAGAAUAUAUAGGAAGGAGAAUUUAAUGAAGAAGCAGAAUACUAAGAAGUAUUCGAAGUAGACCAUUUAAAAAAAUUUUAAACCUUAUUUAAACAUAAAAAUAAAGAGGAAAAAAAAGAAUGAAAUAAAGUAGUAAAUAAAUAAAAAUGUAUAAUAUAAUUUUAAGUUUUAUGUUAUUUUAAAUAUCACUUUCAAAUUUUAUUUAUUUAAUUAUAUGCUUAUUAAUUAUUUAUUUAUUCAUUAAUAAUUUAUUAAAAAAAUCUAAAUUAUUUAAGUUUAAAUAAAUUUAUACAAAAAUUUAAUAGUAUUUAUUCAUAUUAAUAAAAUCCUUCUCUUCUUAAUCCUUCUUAUAAAACAUUAAUGCUUUUUAAAUAAAAACAAAAAAAUUACACAAAUUUUGAUAAAAUAAAUAAUAAUUGAUUAAUAAAUACAGUAAAAUUUGUAUCCAUAUUAACUAUUUUUAAUCAAUACAUGUAUAGAUGUUACCAAAUGGGUAAAGAUAAUAUUUAAAUAAAAAAUUCAUAUUUUAUGA